AUGUCUGAGAAGUCGGUGGUUUCGAUCGAUCCGUUGUUGAGAGAUUUGAACGAGAAGAAGCUGAGCUUCCGGCGAAACGUGGUGUCGCUGGCGGCGGAGCUCAAGGACGUCCGGAGUCGGCUGGCAUCUAAGGAACAAUCAUUUGCUAAAGAAACCCUCACAAGGCAGGAGGCGGAGACAAAGGCGCAAAAUUUGGAAGAGGAGAUCCACAAAUUGCAGGAGAAAUUGGAGGAAAGAAAUGGACAGCUUCAGGCUUCAGCUGGUAGUGCUGAUAAGCAGUAUCUCAAGGAAUUAGAUGAUCUAAGAUCACAGCUUGCAACCACACAGGCCACUGCAGAGGCUAGUGCUGUGUCAGCUGAAUCGGCGCAACAUCAGUGCUUGGCACUCUUGAAGGAAUUAGAUGAGAAGAAUAGUUCUAUAAUGGAGCAUGAGCAUCGUGUAAAUGUGCUAGCUGAGCAGUUAGAUAACUUGCAGAAGGAUCUUCAAGCAAGGGAAUCUUCUCAAAAGCAAUUAAAAGAUGAAGUCUUGAGGAUCGAACAUGACAUAAUGCAAGCUCUUGCCAAAUCUGGAGUAGGCAAAGACUGCGAGUUGAGGAAAAUACUAGAUGAGGUUUCUCCAAAGAAUAUUGACAAGAUCAAUAAGCUUUUGCUUGUUAAGGAUGAAGAGAUAGUGAGAUUGAAGGAUGAAAUCAAGAUAAUGUCUGCUCACUGGAAGAUAAAGACCAAAGAAUUGGAAUCACAGUUAGAAAAGCAGCGUCGAGCUGAUCAGGAAUUGAAGAAACGGGUGUUGAAAUUGGAAUUUUGUCUCCAAGAAUCUCGUGCUCAAACACGAAAGCUUCAACGGAUGGGAGAACGAAGGGAUAGAGCUAUCAAGGAUCUUAGAGACCAGUUAGCAGCAAAGCAGCAACAACAGGAGGGCCAUGCCAUCAACGAUAAACAGAACUUCUGGGAGUCCUCUGGCUUCAAAAUCAUGGUUUCCAUGUCGAUGUUGAUCUUGGUGGUGUUCUCCAAGCGAUGAAUAGUUUAGUGUCUAUUUUCUAGUGCUGUAUAAAAAGAAUUUGAUGCCAUAUAGUUUAGUUGUGUUGUUUAGAACCUUUAGGUAGUUAUCAUUUUGUUAGCACAACUGCAAUCCUCUUAGGCUCUCUUUUGAUCCCGUUGAGGCUGCUGCUCCAAAGCUCGAGCUAAGAAUACCUUCAACUCUAAUGCGUAUUUUAGCAGUAUUAUCAUCCGGUAUAUACUCUUCCUGUGCA